AUGGAGAAGGCGAUCUUCGUGUUAGAAUUCGAACAGAUGAAAGCGGCUUACAAAAAAAUGAAAGAGGAUGGAAGCGCUGCUGAAGUGAUUAGAUUAACAAUCGAGAAUGCCAUACACCGGAAAGCAUUGGAAAUUGCACAGUGUGUAAAUAGUGAGCAAGAAAGUUUUCUGAGGCAGCUACUAGCAGUUACAUUCCAAGCUGCUAAAGAAGAUUUUUGUGCAAAAGGAACAACAGUUGCUGUGGUACAAGAUGUAUUCGAUGUCAGUUCAGUCAAACGUUGUGAAGAACUUUUCGUCAUUGUCGAAGACAAUCUGCCGCAGUGGAAAAUGGGCAUUUUUUACGAGCCUUGCAAAAAUAUGAUAUUACGGAUGUGUAAUGACUUGCUGAAGCGUCUUUCACGGACGGUGGAUACGAGCUUUUGUGGGCGGAUUUUAGUUCUGUUAGCACAUGCGUUACCGUUGUGUGAAAAAUCCGGCUUAAAUCUUGUUAGCCAUUUUAACCUGGACAAUGUUACGAAAUAUGAUAUGACCGAUUCCUGUAUUGCUGUUAAUUCAAAUUUAAUGGAGGAUAAUGAAGUUAUGGAAGUGGGCGAAAUAAGUGAACGGGAAAUCCCAGUGGAUUAUACACUUUACGCAAAAUUUUGGCAGUUACAGUCUUUCUUCUCUUCCCCAGCAACAUGUUUUGAGAAAUCAAAGUGGAGGACAUUCCAACAGAACACAACUGAGGUGCUCAAUAUAUUUUCAAGUCAUAAACUGGAGUCCUCUGCAACCCUUGAAGGCUCAAAAAGAGAGCGCUUGAAACAGGAAAAUUCAAUUGAGGAGAUUGCUUCGAUUCCAUCGACGUCGAAAACUGAUGGAGAUGAAGACAUUUAUUUUGCGAAAUAUUUGACUAAUCAGAAGCUAUUGCAGUUACAGUUGAAUGAUUCUCAGUUUCGACGUUAUUUCCUCGUGCAAUGUCUAAUUCUAUAUCAAUAUUUAGUAUCUGAUAUCAAAUUCAAAGACAAAUCUUUUACUCUGAAUGACGAACAAUUACGAUUUAUUAUUGAAUCCACUGAAAGCUGCUUUCGAUUACUACGUGAGACGCAUCCGAAAGGGCUGCAUUUUGCUGAUUCUAUGAAAGUAAUUCUUCAUCGUGAAAAGGAAUGGUCUGAGUGGAAGAACAAAGGUUGUCUCGAUUAUACUCAGCUGGCAGACAAAGAAAAACCAAGCGUUUUUAAAAAGCGUCCAAGAAACAGGUAUGAUCCCUCAAAACUUGAUCUCGGCAAUCCAGAACUGACAAAGCUGUGGAAUAUCAAUCCGGACAUGUUGUCGGCUUGCGAAGACUCAAAAAGAAAUUUUAUACCGAAGUUGGUUACAUUUCUUGAAGAUCCUCUCGAUGAACUGGAUCCGGAACAAAUGGUUGAAGAGCAAUGCAGAUCGGUGAACAAUGAAUCGUUUCAGUGGAGAGCAUCGCGGCUUCUGAUGUCUCAAAGCACAUCGUAUUUUCAAACACCAUCAAAGAGGAAUGAAGUAACAGCAAAUUUGGCACCAUUUUUGGAAGAAGUGAUCAGACACACUGCAGUUAAUUUCCCGGAGUUGAAAGAUCGCAUUCCAGGUUUUACAAAUGACAAAAAAAGUGUCAAAAGAAGCGUGAGUAAUGGUAGUAACUGUGCUUCAUCAGCUCUUCACAAUGGAAAGGAACAUAUUGAACCUUCUGCUGCUUUAACUGAUUCACAUAUCGAACAGCUUGCACCAUUACUAGCAAAUAGCUGGUCGACAUUAGCGGAUGUAAUGAAUAUCAGCAAAGAAAGGAACGACGCAAAAGAAGAGCCGAUGAAAGUAGCACAAAGAAUAUUAACAGCCUGGAGACAGAAAGAGGGAAAAGCAGCAACGGUUAAAAGGAUUAGUAGUGUUUUACUGAUGGCUGAGUUAUUCAGCGAACAAGUUGGACAAGUCUUUAGAGGGAAUACACCAAAAAGGAUCUCGGCCUGA